AUGAAUUCCGAUACUCACCGCAACAACUCGGUUCAAAGAAGCCUGGUGGCUGCAAGCACAAUAGGCUGCUCCCCAGUGGAAAAAGCGGAUGUUGAUCUUGAAGAUGAUGAUUUCGACAAAGAUAUUGUCGUUGUGGAACCGAACAAAGAGAAUGAGGAAGAAGGAAUGGAGCAUGAUGGAGAGGAUGCAGAGAAUCUGAAGCCUAAGAUCUACCCAGCCAAACUAAAAUUGAAAUAUGAGGAUUACAAGAAAAUGUCGGAUGAGGAUUAUGGAGGUGUGAAGCAGAUCGAGGAAGACCUUGGUUCGGAAGAGGAUUACCUCGUGCAGAAGACCGUCUGCGAGAGAGUCAUUUGCCGUCUGAUUCAUGACGAACGUGUUCUUCUCGAAGUCGAACAAGGCGACGACCCGACACUUUGUGUUCAUCCAAACUACGCCAUGACUGACGAAUGA